GGCUCUUAUGUGGGAGGGCUGAGCAUCCAUGGAGCCCACCCGCCCCAGGACUAACUCUCCCUCCCUGCCCUAGGAUGCUUUGCGUGUGGGAUGGAGAACGGCUUCCGCGUCUACAACACCGAUCCCCUCAAGGAGAAGGAGAAACAAGAAUUUCUAGAAGGUGGAGUUGGCCACGUUGAGAUGUUGUUUCGCUGCAACUACUUAGCUUUAGUCGGUGGUGGAAAAAAGCCGAAAUACCCUCCCAAUAAAGUGAUGAUCUGGGAUGACCUGAAGAAGAAGACCGUCAUCGAGAUAGAAUUCUCCACAGAAGUCAAAGCUGUCAAGUUGCGGCGAGACAGGAUUGUGGUGGUUUUGGACUCCAUGAUUAAGGUCUUCACAUUCACACACAAUCCCCACCAGCUGCACGUCUUUGAGACCUGCUAUAACCCAAAAGGUCUGUGUGUCUUGUGCCCCAAUAGCAACAACUCCCUGCUGGCCUUCCCGGGCACACACACGGGCCACGUGCAGCUUGUGGACCUGGCCAGCACUGAGAAGCCGCCCGUGGACAUCCCCGCACAUGAGGGCGUCCUGAGCUGCGUCGCCCUCAACCUUCAGGGGACGCGAAUUGCAACGGCAUCUGAGAAGGGGACGCUUAUAAGAAUAUUUGAUACCUCAUCAGGGCACCUGAUCCAGGAGCUGCGGAGAGGCUCCCAGGCAGCAAACAUCUACUGCAUCAACUUCAACCAGGACGCGUCCCUCAUCUGUGUGUCCAGUGACCACGGCACGGUGCACAUUUUUGCCGCUGAAGAUCCAAAAAGGAAUAAGCAGUCCAGCCAUCUGUGCCGACGGCAGCUACUACAAGUUCCUGUUCAACCCCAAGGGGGAGUGCAUCCGGGACGUGUACGCACAGUUCCUGGAGAUGACCGACGACAAGCUGUGAGCCGCGCAGCCUGGAUGCUGCGCCGUUGCCCACGGGCUCCCAGGCUGUCGCUGCAUUCCUGGGCCCGCGCGCCGCACACCAGUCAGUGGCCUGGGGCUGCCUGGUGCCCCAGCCUCAAAGCCAUACGUGGUGGUCUGCUUUCCUGAGACAGGCGUCAUACUUCCAGUAUUAAAGAACAGAGUGGCUGUCAGCCACAGUGACGCCCUGCGGCGGUGACUAGCUCAUGCCUGCCACCUGUCACCUUUUAGUUCAGCUGUGAAGUUAGCUUAGCAGUUCACUGCAUCUCACACCCACGACGCCUCCGCACACGGAAGUCGGGGCUGAGGAGGGGCAGACGCCUGGACGCUUGUUUUUGGCAGCAGAUUCCAUCACAUCACUGCGUCUUAGGGAAACGACAAGUGUAGAUGUGAGUCCUACAGCAGAACAGGAUUUAAGUAGAGUAACAAUACCAGCAGCAGCCUUAGGGCAGAAGGGAGUUCCUUCUCCAGUCUGAAUAUGAAGCAGAGAUCCACUCUGUCAGAGAGCACCACCCGGCCGGGUCCCUGCUGUAAGUUCUCUUCGUGGUCUCUGCGUGUCUGUAGCCGUGUGUGGUAUGUGCACACUUGUGCGUCCCGUGUCUUUGUGCGCUGUUGGAAUUGAAGCAAACACAAGGCCCCGGGGACGCCACUCCUCUCCCUGAGGGUGUGGUGGCCUCUUUGGUUCUCGAGGAACAAAGUGAUGCAGAGAGUUAACCUUGACCUUGGAGAAAAAUGCCGUGUGAUGUGGAGCACAGGAAGUGGGCUGCAGCACAGCGCCCCACGUCCCCGUUGGGCAGCAUUCAGCCUCCAUCACUCUCGUGUCUUCCCUCCCAACGUCUGUAAGGAUAGCGACACCCUUAUGUUUUGGGAAUGAAGGGCACGUACUUUUUUUUUAACGUUUGGUAAGCAAAAUAGGUUAUGGGCUCUGUGAUGUUAGUACUGUUUGAGGUAUAUAUUUAAUUCUCCUCAGUUCCCUUCAAAGAGACUGAUUUUGUUUUUGAUUUCAGGUUGCAGACAUUUAAAAUCUGCAUAGCAGCAAUUUUCUCAGUGUGUCUGUUCUUUUCUGUCCUGUAAUCAGCUAACUUUGUGGAUUUUGAUGUAAUGUAUGCAUGUUACUUUUAUGUGUAUUUAAUCAUGAAAUUUAAUUUUGCACACUAAUUUUUAAUGUUUCUCUUAAAUAAAAGUGACUAAUUUUGUUGUACUCUUUAUCCAUAAAGGGAAGUAGAAUUGCGCGUUAUGA